AUGAUUAUAAGAGAAAAUAAGGAAGAAAGUGAAAUAAAUAGGGUGAAAGUAGGAACAACAACAGCACAAAGAAACAACGAAGAACUACAAUUAAAAGGAAAUUGUUGGUUUUGUGGACAAAAAAGACAUCCUAGGUACAAAUGUCCAGCAUCAAAUAUAACAUGCUUGAAGUGUCGAAAAACGGGGCAUUUUGCUAGGUUGUGCAGAGCCAAGAUAGUAAAAAAUAUUGAGAAGGAAGAAACAGGAACUACAUAUGAGGUUAGUUUCUGUGAGUCAAAACAAAAGUAUUUAAUAGACGUAGAUGUUUUUCAAGAGGACCAGUUUAUAAGUAAAGUAAAAUUUCUUAUUGAUACAGGAGCAGACAUAAGUGCUAUACCAGACAAUAUUAUAAAAGGAUGUGGACUCUCUAUAGUGAAAAGUGAUGAUGUGAUCAAAGGACUAGAUGGGACAAAAUUAGUGGUUUUGGGAACUACUAAUUUAAAGCUUAGGUAUAAAGAAAAUGUAUAUGAAGAUCAAAAUGAGAUAUUGAUCAAUACAGAUAUAGCAAGCUCGGCGGAGGAUGAAUCUAUAAAUAAUAAUGGAGAGCAAGUUCAAAGAAGAUCUGAAAGACUUGUUAGACGACCUAGAUAUUUAGAUGAUUAUGAGUGU